AUGUUCGAGCAAUCAGAGACGAAGUGGCUGCCUAAUUUAUGUUCAUAUUGUUCUCUCCGUAGCUGCGUCGUCAAUGUCCUUAUCAUAUACCCCGCCUACAACUCAACGGGAUACAGGCGAUUACUUACAUACAGAUUGGUUGUUGGAAUAUCAUUGGCUAUUGGUUUGAUUAGAGACGAUGCCGCCUCUGAGCAAAAUGAACAAAGAGGGAAAGAGGAAGCCGAGCGCUAUCCAAUACACUACACGUCUCAUCUACAUAGCCCACCUGGAACAACUGUCUAUCUACACAAUACCAUCAACAACAAUGGGGUAUCUAGCAGCCUUGUGUUCAUUGGCUGUCCGACCACGGGUACAUACGCAGGUACGGAGUACAUCUGGUCCAAACGGAUAUCUUCCUGCAUCGCCGUGGCAAGGCUAUUGUACAGGUCCUACCUGGCCAAGACCGUCAUUAAACCUAGCGUCCAGCUAAUUGGUUGUGAAGGGGAGAAUCCCUAUUUGCAUGGAUUCCUUCGCGUUGAGCCAUGCUUAUCGCCGCAUAAUGCAAAAAGAGACACAGCGCGAAAAAGUGAAUCUCGUCCGAUGGCGUCCAGCUCCAAAAGCUUGGCAACUGGAGACUUCAACCCCCAAUGCGGCCAAGACCGACUCAUUAGCACCGAUGAUGCCAAGUGCCUGCGAGGAAGCCUAUCUAUCGGACAUGCCUAUCGCUUGAUUCGCUUCAGCCAAUCUGAUAGUCCUCGCUGCUUCUCCGCAUUCUGGAUGGAUUUUAUCCGUCGGAGACAGUUGGGGCAUUUGUCUGGUUUCCGCCCCGUUCAGCCGAUUCGAAUAGUUAGCUUUGAGCAGGGCACCUCGCUGUUUCCAGUCCACCGGUUCAGACGUCACGCACGUUGCAACACUCAAAGCAACCACAGAUUAACAAAGGCGGUUAUGAAUACAAAGCCGUUACUAUACAGCAUGUGGGAUUCUGGAACCCUUGGCAGUCCCACGAUGUCCGCGUCCAUGGGUGCAUGCAAGGGACUGUUGAACAACCCGCCUAUCGCGGAACCAGUCCGGAACUUGGCCCAUGCGAGGGCUGGAUUGCAAAAUAAGUUUGCACCGGGGACGUAUCGGAGUCAGUGGCAAGGCAAGGGAGAUGAGCAGUACUUUUGCCGGUUACAACGCCCAGAACCUUCCCAGUCUGUUGAGAACGAGCCUAUCGGCUGUUUCAAGUCCAUUCCAACCGGGCCAAUAGCACUGCUCUAUACACUGUUCCAUCAUGGAGCCACUGCCCUUCUAUAUUGGAUCCUCGGCGUUAUUGCACGAUCGCCGAAUGCUCCCUUUUCGUCAACUGGCGGGAUUGUACGACCAUCUCUAAUUGUGUGUUUUGAAGUGAGAAGUGAUGAGAAUAACUGA